AUGACGGAAGAUGCCCAGAAAACAUUAGCAUUUCAAUCAUUUUGCAGACUAUGGAAACCUCCGUCUUCACUUGACCGGCUCGAUUACUUAUACGGUGAACUUUUCACACAAAACAUUGAAGUGGAAAAAAAGUUUACUUCUUCCACAUUUGAGGACAUUCUCUCGGGAAUUACUUUCAGCAACGAGGAGAUUCUGGAAUUCGACGUAGAUGAUGCGUACGAUGAAUUUUUUGAGGCGACAGCAGUCUUUGACAAGAGUUUUCACGAUCAUUCAUGCACAAGUGUUUGGCCAAUCUGCCGAACAACCAGAAGACCUGUGCUCUUGGAUUGUGACAAGAUAAAUAAUUUGUACCUGAGUGCAAUAAAAACUCCUGGUUAUGGUAGGAAAUUUGGUUUCACAGAAGAAAAGGAAGACAAAACUUUUUACAACAACUGUUUUGAUCCUCGACUACAAUUCAAAGGACUGUUGGAUGAAAAGCUUCUUUUCUGGGAGCACAAGAAAAAUGAUAAAAAAGUGGACCAGAAUCUGUUUCUUGCUUUGGAGAACAUCUCAGACAUUCUUUAUGACCACAUAUCAAAAUACAGAUUGUUCCUUUCUGUUCUCACACAACCUUAUGACACCCUGAUAACUGACCCCGGGGAGAAAAUCCACACCCCUGACAGUGACGGGGACAUUCACACACCCUCUGAUGCCAUACUGGACACGCCAAAAUUUCCAGUGAUUAUCAACACAGAAGAUAAAGAAGAGAUGGAGCUGAUAGAGAGAGUUCUGGCUGAUAAAAUUCAGUCAAUAUGGACAGGCAACUGCAAUGUGCCAAGGACAGGCAAACUUGAGCCAAUUUCAUGCCCAGUUUCUACAAAGUGGUCCAAAAGAUUAGAUCCUCUGGAUCAACUUGACUUAACACCUGUGACGAGACCCAAGGUGGAAACUACUGACGCGGUUGCUCCUGCUUCUGCUCGAGGUGGCUCAGGAAGAACUACAACAACUGACUCUGAAGAUAUAGACCAGUACCUGAAGGAAAUUUGGUCUGAGAUACAUGAAAAGGAUUUAUUUGAAGAUAUUACCGACAUGUCUGUAUCUUCUUUUGAAAUGGAGUCCCAAGAUAGUCAAGAGAGUAUUGAAGUUGAUAACCCGUCAGUUCCAUCGAACACAGAAGAAGAUAUAAACUCUACAGAUGAUGGACACCAGGAAGAGGCUGCCUCUGUUUCACAAAAGAAAUGCACCUCUCAGCCAGAGCUGAGCCACCUUGCUGAAAGUGUGCCUGACAGUAAAAGAGAAGAACAACAGCAGCAUGAGGAAUUCCAAAUGGAUACUGAUGUUAAACGAAGACUGCCCAUAAAGCCAUGUCCGUCCGACUCUGCACUGUACACAAGCCCAAGCAGGCUGAUAACAACAAAAGGGAUCAAAGAUGCCACUGAGCUUGUGGGUCAACCUAUUCCAGUUCAGACUACAAACAGACAAGAGGUUCCCAGAAAACACAUUGCCCAGGUGCAGAGGUCAGGAGACUACCCACCUUCAGGCUGGCAUACCCAAUGUCAUCAGACAUGGACUUAUAUCAAUGCCACAGGCCGACCACAGUCCUCCUAUCCUAACCGGCUGUCUCCUGGAUUUUCAACUACGAGCCAAGUGCCUGGUGCACACUGGACUCAAGGUGUGCAGGACAGCAGCAAACAAUGGCUCCAACAACAAAACCAGGUGGCCACUGUACCACACAACAGUGGACAUCACCAUCCUCAUCAGCAUCAUCAUCAGACUGCCUCUGUCCAGUUUUGUCAACCCAAGUACAGCGUUGCCCAGGACCCAACCCCCCAAGUGCAGACAUGGCAGCAGAACCAGCUGGCGCCCCCUGUGGCACACCUGGGCCUGGCAGGGGGGCAGGUGUGGCAGCAGUGGCAGAAGCAGUAUCAUGUGCCAGGAGCAGGAGGGGGUCAAGCUAGCAGCCAGCAGCAGAUCCAGGGUCAAAUCUUCCAGCACCCUGUGAGCAAGCUGCCCCCUGGUGGUCUCCCUCAGACCUACAGCCUCCAGCAGGUACGCCAGGGUCAGAUGGGGGAGCCAACCCCUUACCAGCAACCAGUGCCCUCUCAGUCCUGGCAGACUCGGGACAGGAUACAACAGAAGAAGAGCUACCCUGUCCCCACAAGAACCAUUCACCCUGUCUACCUUCAGAAUCAAAAGCUGGCCACUUACGCCUCCAUGAAGGACACUGGAGACAGGCACCUGCUGGCCGUCCGUCCCCAGGGAAUCAACCCAAACAACCUGGUGCAGAUCAAGGUGGAGGACCUGUUCCAGUCAGCGGUGGCUCAUCAGGGCCAGAACAACCCCCUACAGAAGCCCGUCUCACUCAAUCAGGUCUCCAACACCCUUAGAAGCCCCGGCAGCAGGACAAAGACGACAAAACCUCUGGACUCUGGGAGUACUUCUGGCAGCCCUGUCAUCAGGAUGGACCACAGCUGUGGAGGAGUGGAGCUUGCUUCAGAAAGGGCAACUCCCAGUCUCCAUGCCACUCCAUCUGUGGUGGACAGCAAGACUCAAGAGGCUAUUGAAAAGUUAGAAAACACGGCCUCUAUGCUCACACCCAAUAACCACCCCGCAGAAACGGGACGCAAUCAUCUGCAGUUGCUGAAUGUGAACUCUGAAGUGUUUGUGCCAGGGAAGUCCAGUUUGUUACAGAGGAUCCGAGCUGCCCAAAGUAAAUCCAAGGCACACUUUUCUAAUCAGACUGCAGUCGCUGCCGCAAGAAAGGCAGGGUCUGGACAUUUGGCUACUGGUAACGCCAUCUUGUGGACAUCCAAUGCAAUCCACUCACACAAAGUGAUGUCUGCAUGGAAGAAUAUUUCCCAGGGAAAGUGA